AUGGUAGUAGGGUCCUCCCGAACUCUGGCAUCCAUAUCGUGGCAAACGAAGAAAGUCGAGACCAUGAUCGCCCAUAUGUCCAAAUCAUCAGAACCCUUCUUCUUCAUGCAUCAGAUUCCGACUUCCCAGCUUGAGGGCGGGGUAUUCACCCAUUACGGCAUUAAAGCCGGGUUGAAACACAAGUCUCGAGUGGCUGGAAUUCCCGUUUCACCGCACGAUCCAGCAUGUUCGGCGUACUAUUCAUACUGGGAGGUUUUCCCGCUGUUCCUCGAAACGACGUCCUUCCCAUCGAGUGCUCGAGCAGUCCUACGGACUCGAGACUCCAACCAGCCAGCCAGCUUAUUUAUCACCAACUGGAAAGUUGUCCUGCUACGAGUCGCCGACUACCAAAGCUAUGAUCGUAUACACUCGCCCGACUCACCUAAACCUCCAGCCAGUGCAGAAGAACUCUCGAAUUGGCCUUCUCUCCCGGUCGCCUUGCCCCACGCCGUUCAUCCGGCUGCAGUCUCGAAGAUCCUAUCACAAUCCCCGGGGUUCCAUGCGUUUGGGCCCAGAUCAUGA